AAAUGUUGUUGCAGGAUGUGGUGAAUUACAUGUUGAAAUCUGUUUGAAUGAUUUAGAAAAAGAUUUUGCUGGAGUUGAACUCAUCAAAUCUGACCCAAUUGUCUCAUAUAAAGAAACUGUGGCUGCUACAUCAAACAUUGUUUGUAUGUCUAAAUCACCAAAUAAACAUAACAGAAUUUAUGCUUAAGCUACUCCAUUACAUAAAAAUUUACCAGAUGCUAUUGAAAAAGGAUAAAUUACACCAAAAGAUGAUCCAAAAACUAGAGCUAAAUCUCUUAAUGAAGAAUUUGAAUGGGAUAAGGAAGAUGGACUCAGAAUUUGGACCUUUGGACCAGAUAAUACUGGUGCUAACAUUUUGAUGGACAAAACAUCAGGUGUUUAAUAUAUGAAUGAAUUAAGAGAAUCAAUGGAAUCUGCUUGGUAAUGGUCAACAAAGGAAGGAUCACUUUGUGAAGAAAAUCAAAGAGGUGUUAGAGUAAACAUUUUGGAUUGUGUUUUACAUGCUGAUGCUAUUCACAGAGGAGGUGGUUAAAUCAUUCCUACUUCCAGAAGAUUAUAUUAUGCAUGCAAGUUGACAGCUUAACCAAGAUUAUAAGAACCAGUCUUUUUGGCUGAAAUUACUGCACCAAAUGAUGCAACUGGUGGUGUAUAUAAUUGUCUCAACACCAGAAGAGGAACAGUAAUUGAAGAAGAAUAAGUUGCAGGAACCCCACUUUCAGUGGUAUCAAUAUUAUUCUAUUUUAAUAGGUUAGAGCUCAUUUACCAGUUGCUGAAUCAUUCGGUUUUACUGCUCAUUUAAGAGGUAUGACAUAAGGACAAGCCUUCCCUCAAUGUGUCUUUGAUCACUGGGCUGUUGUUAAUGGUAACCCACUUGAAGCAGGAAGCAAAGUAUUAUUCUUAAUUAAUAAUUUUAGGUUAAUGAAUAAGUGUUAUCCAUUAGAAAGAGAAAGGGAAUCAAAGUUCAAUUGCCAGACCUUAAUGAAUAUUUGGAUAAACUCUGA